CCUCUGGCGCGCUCCUGCACCCAGACAGCGAGCUGGAUCCCCGCGCACUCCACAGGUUCGCAAAGUGCGCUAACUUCGGAUUACGGAAACCGGAUUCUGCUGCACUUUGUCCUUCAAGGUGAGACCCGACGGAUCUUGCUAGAAUGGAAGGCAGCGGAAACAGUAACUGGCUGGUGGCUCCGGGGCCCCCUUGUGGCAUGGAGGGGAACGGUAACAGCAGCAGGCCCAGCUUUGAGGUAGCGGUGAAGAACGGCUCGUCUGGCCACAGCCCGCUGUUCGCCGGAGUGGAGUUCCUGCAGUCCUUCAAAGGCCUCAUCAUCCCCUGCUACACACUGGUGGUGCUGGUGGCCAUGCUGGGAAACUACCUGCUGCUCCACGUCAUCUGCCGCAGCCGGAAGAUGCACAGCGCCACCAACGUCUUCAUCGGCAACCUGGCCUUCUCCGACAUGCUCAUGUGCGCCACCUGCGUUCCCUUCACGCUGGCGUACGCCUUCAACCCGCACGGCUGGGUCUUCGGCCGCUUCGCCUGUUACCUGGUGUUCCUCAUCCAGCCCGUCACCGUCUACGUGUCCGUCUUCACGCUCACCGCCAUCGCCGUCGACAGGUACUACGCCAUGGUGCACCCCCUGAAGAAGCGCAUCUCUGUGCCCGCCUGUGCCUACGUGCUGACGGGUAUCUGGCUGGCAUCCUUCGCCCUGGUGGCCCCGGCCGUGGCCCACACCUACCACGUGGAGUUCCGGAAGGAGGGCUUCACCAUCUGCGAGGAGUUCUGGAUGGGCCAGGAGCGCCAGCGGCUGGCCUACGCUUAUGGCACGCUGCUCAUAACCUACGUGCUGCCGCUGUCUGCGCUCUGCGUCUCCUACCUCUGCAUUUCCGUCAAGCUGCGCAGCUGCGUGGCGCCAGGCCUCCGCACCGAGAGUCAGGCGGAGGCGCAGCGGGCACGCAAGCGCAAGCUCUUCCGCCUGGUGGCGCUGCUGGUGGCGGCCUUCGGCGUGUGCUGGCUGCCCAUCCACGUCUUCAACGUGCUGCGCGACGUGGACAUCCGCCUCAUCGACAAGCGCUACUUCCUGCUUAUCCAGCUGCUCUGCCACCUCUGCGCCAUGAGCUCGUCCUGCUGCAACCCCUUCCUUUACGCUUGGCUGCACGACCGCUUCCGCGCCGAGCUGCGCAGGAUGCUGGCCUGCCGCCGCGUGCGCCUGCGCAGGCACCGCGUCGACGUGCCUGCACCGGUCCUCCGCUGCGCUACAGCCAGCGUGGUUCUCUGAUGCGAUUCCGGGCUCAUUUU